AUGGCCGAAGAUAAGCUUGGACUGCUUCAGCAGAGAUACGGCAGUCCACCAGGUGACGCCCUGACUAGCUCGCCUUGGUCCCCAACUCUAUCACUCAUCCUCAACCACACUUCCGUGCGGUACUACCUACCCGACGCCCUUCCCGCGGGAACUCUCGAAGCUCUCAUAGCAGCCGGCCAAAGCGCAUCCUCAUCCUCGAUGCUCCAGACCUGGAGCGCCAUCGCCAUAACAGACCCGGCUCACAAAGACAAGGUGGCCGAUCUCGCCGGCGACCAACCCUUCAUUCGCCAGGCACCCUUAUUCAUCCUGUUCUGCGCCGACCUCAGCCGCCUCUCGGAAAGCUCAGAACGGCUGCACAAGCCGGCCCAGGGUCUCGAGAAGCUCGAUCCGUUUCUGAUGGCAUCUAUCGACGCGGCGUUGGCGGCGCAGAACAUGGCUAUCGCGGCCGAGUCGUUGGGACUCGGCAUGUGCUACAUCGGCGCCGCGCGAAACAACGCUCGUCAGCUGACGGAUCUGUUGAAGUUGCCUCCCCGUGUCGUCGGGCUCUUCGGGAUGACGGUCGGAAAGCCCGACUCGAAUUCGUUGAACUGCAUCAAGCCUAGGCUUCCGUUGAAUGAAGUGCUUCACCGAGAGGUUUGGGAUAACGAGGGUCGGGAGGAGAAGAUUUCGGAGUAUGAUCAGAUUCUGGGUUCUUUCUAUGAGGGCCAAAAGAAGCAUAACCGGAAGCCGUGGAGUGAGCACAUUGCCUUGUGUGUAGAGACGGAUGAUUUGGAUGGUAGAGAGUUAUUUAGAGGCGUCCUUGAUGACCAGAAGCUUAGCGUUUCUUGA